AAAUACCUCAGCCUGGAUCGCUCGUGCUAUUAGUCACUCGUUUUUCGAGUCCGGCAGCUGAGUGAAUUCGCAAUCCAGCGACGUACUUUCGUGCAUCAUGAAAUUCGCAUUGGGACUGCUUCUGCUGGCGUGCCUGGCUGCCCUGGCCCUGGGAGCGGAGGAGACGCGGCAGAUCGACGCGCCGGAGGGAGCCGUCGAGGAGGACCUCACCCCCGCCGAGGGGCUGCUCUUCAAGAAACUCUUCGGCUACGGGGGAUUCGGCUACGGCAGAGCACGUCCAAGUAAGGACCCCAAGCAUGUCCAAGCAAGGACCCCAAGCAUGUCCAAGCAAGGACCCCAAGCACGUCCAAGCAAGCCACCCCCAAUCAGAGUCGUCCGAUCUCCACGCAAUCCCGAUGGGAAUUCCGCGAUGAAGGCGCGCGGGAAUCCCCGUUGCAGCCGAUCGGCAUUGGUAACGCUGGCACUGGCGUGCCUGGUGACCCUGAUGACCCAGGUGACCCAGGCGACCCUGGCCCAGGGGAAUAAGAAAAGCGGAAGUUCGGCGGAACAGAACGCAGGAGCCAAGGACGACCUCGCACCCGCCGCGUCCGCAUGGUGGGGAUACAAAGGAGGGUACUAUUGGCCCAACUACUAUUGGCCCAACUACGGUUGGAGCUCCAGCGGAUACGGCUGGCCGUACUACGGAGGAUACUACUACGACUACAAAUAGGGAUUGAGCCAUGCUUUCUUUCCCGGUUGAUUCUCUGGUGCAACGAUGCGGCAGAGAGUGGCAAGAAAGGACUCUUAACUGGAUUAUAUCGGCUCUCACUGGAACUGCUUUCACGAAAAUUGCAAUAAGAAGACUAAGUUCGCCACAUAAUUCCUAAAUUUUAUCUUUCCUUGCCUCGGAGCAAUGAAUUGGGAAGAAGUCUCGAAAAGAUGCUGGAAACAUUCACCUUUAAAAUUUCGUGUAAAUAGCUUCAGUUGGAACAGAGACAUAUUGGGUUAAAGUCGUUGGUCUCUUUUUGCCUCUUUUUUUUGUCUUUCUUUGUCUUUUAUGUCUUUUUUUUUGGCAUAUCCCGCGGAUUCCCACCACAUGCGACCAUUCGCCCAGCUCCAUCGCGUUUUUCGCUUCGAUGACUGAUGAUGGUGACGAUGCUUUCUUGAAUAUAAAAUUUCCGAGCUUUUUACUUAUCCCCUGUU